GGGGAGGGGGGCAAAAACGGAAAGAAAAAAAGCAGAGAAAGUGUCAAAGUUGUUAGAGCAGCAGAGAGAGAGAGAGAGAGCAAUUGUCACGGCGCGUAGGCGUGGAGUUUAAGGUAGGGCUUUGGGAAAGAGAGAGAGGGGGACGAGACAAUUUGGGAGAGAAGGGCUCGGACGGACACGUGUAAGGCCACGCGGAGAGACGGAAGACGUGACGGGGAGGGAGGCACGCGACCUUCGCGAGCGGCACGCCACCUCCACCGUGCGAGCCGCGCAGGAAUGACCCGCGGGGCGCACGAUUAGCGCACAUUCGUCAUUAAUGGCUCGAUCGAUAGGCUGGACAUCGAGGUGGUGUCGCUUCGACGGGUUUUCUCGGUGGGUUCGCCUCGGUAUUUGCCUGAAGGUAAAUCGCUGCGGUUAAGCCGCCGUGCGUUCGGAUUGAGCCGGAAGACAAUCGAGUUCGCAAGCGACGUCAUGCACAGGUCAAGGACUCUCCCGUGUUGCCCUCUGAUCUUGCUGCUGCUGCUACUGGGAGUGUUGUCCGGGGUGCCUGCUCGGACUCAUGGGGUGGCUUUAUCGCGGAAGGAAGAUGGGCGGUGCCGACGUGUCGAGCCCCCGCUCACGCAGUACGAAGACGUGGAGCCUUGGCUGUCAAGUUUCUCCUUCCCAGGAGCUGAGGGCUACUCACAGCUGUCGCUCUACCCCCCGCGUGCGCAGCUGCUCGUCGGAGCCAGGAACCACCUCUUCCGAUUAAACCUCAGCAGCCUGGCUGUGGUUCAGUCCGUGGAGUGGCGAUCGGACGAGUCGACGAUCAGGGCAUGCAUUAGCAAGGGCCGCUCCGUGGACGAGUGUCAGAACUACCCGAAGGUGCUGCUCGUUCGGGGCAAGCACGUCUUCGCUUGUGGCACAAACGCCUUCAGCCCCGUGUGCGCUCGCAGGCAGGCGGAGGACCUGUCGGUGACGCACGAGCGUGUGAGCGGGGUGGCGCGCUGCCCCUACGACCCGCGCCACCACUCGGCGGCGCUGCUAACGCCGCGCGGGGAGCUCUACGCCGCCACCGUCAUGGACUUCUCUGGGCGCGACCCGGCCAUCUACCGUAGUCUGGGGGGCCUGCCCCCCCUCCGCACGGCGCAGUACAACUCGCGCUGGCUCCACGAUCCCAGCUUCGUGUCGGUCUACGACAUCGGCCACUUCGCCUACUUCUUCUUCCGCGAGCGUGCCGUGGGAGAGGCGACCGAGUGCCCCAACGGCGCUGGCGGCGGCAUCGGCGGAGCGGGCGGUGGCGUGGUGUCGCGGGUCGCCCGCGUGUGCAAGAACGACCAGGGUGGCCGCUACCUCCUCGAGGGCACGUGGACGACGUUCAGCAAGGCACGGCUUGACUGCAGCUCGCCGGGGGAGGCGGGCGGCGGCGGCGGCGGCGGCGGCGGCGGCGUGGCAACAACGUACGAGCACCUGCGCUCAACGUUUUACCUGCCCGAGCAAGACCUCGUCUACGCCGUUCUCUCCACGCGAGUGAGCAGCAUCGAGGUGUCCGCAGUGUGUGCGUUUAACCUGACGGCGAUCCAGCGGGCCUUCAGCGGUCCCUUCGCCUACCAGGAGCACCCUCGCGGGCCGUGGAGCCACCGCCAAAACCCCGACCCCAACUUCCAAUGCGGAACAGCGAGCGGAGAGGAGGAGGAGGAGGGGGAGUCGGAGUCGGAGGAGAAGAGCGCCCGGGCGGCGUGGACAUCAGGGGGCGUGGGAAACCCUGGCGGCAGUGCCGGCGGCGGUGCCGCUGGUGGCCGGCGGGGUACCGGCGUGAGUCUGGAGGACCGGCACAAGCAGGUGCUGAUGCAGGGCGUCGUGCGAUCGGCCACGGGAACGCCGCUGUACGCGCACGGACCCGGCCGCCUCUCCCACCUCGCGGUGGACAUCGUGCAGGGCAAGGAGGCGCUCUACCACGUCAUGUACCUGGCCACAGACACCGGCACGAUCCGCAAGGUCCUGGCGUCCGGCCACGGCGACCUACGCGGCUGCGUGCUCGAGGAGCUGCGUCUGUCGCCGUCGGACGCUCGCGGCGACGGCGACGGCGGCGACGGCGGCGGCGGCGGAGGGAGCUGGGACGCCGCGUGGGACGAGGGGGCCCGGGGGCACGAGGCGGACGGGCCGCACGGCGGGCCGGAGCUCCUCGUGCGCAGCCUCCUCAUCGUGCAGGAGGAGAGGGCGCUGUACGUGGGCCUGCGCUCGCGCGUCCUCCGCAUCCCGCUCGAGAGAUGCCACGUGCACGCCACGCGGGGGGCGUGUUUGUCGGCGAGGGACCCGUACUGCGGCUGGGACGUGCGGCAACAGCGCUGCACGACCAUCGAGCGCAGCAUCAGCAUGAGCCUGUGGAUGCAGGACAUCUCGCGCUGCCCCACGCGGAAUCAAACCGUGGACGGUGGCCUCGGGGCGUGGACGCCGUGGCGGGGGUGUGAGCAUGCCGACGGAUUGGGCGGGGGCCACUGCUCGUGCCGGACGCGGGCGUGCGACCGCCCGGCCCCGCGCUGCGGGGGUCGCGCGUGCGAGGGCGCCCGCACGCAGGUGGCCAACUGCUCCAGGAGCGGAGGCUGGAGCCCCUGGGCACCGUGGUCCGAGUGCAGCGCCACCUGCGGGGGCGGCGCUCAGAGGCGGACGCGCGCCUGCAGCAACCCCACUCCCCGGCACGGUGGCAGGGCCUGCGAGGGACAGAGCUACGAGGAGAGACUUUGUAAUGAGAGGAUACCUUGCCCACCUGCUGUCUCCUGGUCACACUGGGGAAUCUGGUCAGACUGCACCAAACCGUGCGAUGGGGGGUUCCAGGUGCGACGUCGGAUCUGCCUGCACGGGAGCCACUGCCCCGGCUGCGACGUGUCGCACCGCGCGUGCAACGAGGAGCCGUGCGGGGAGGCGCGCGCCCACACGCCCUGGACGCCGUGGACCACCUACAACGCGAGCGGCGACCGCGGCGACCGCGGCGACCGCGGCGACCGCGGCGACCGCGGCGGCGGCGGCGGCGGCGGCGGCGGCGCGGGCCCCGUCGGAGCGCGCUGGGAACGGCGCUUCCGCUUCACCUGCCGCGCGCGGGGGGUGCCGACGGCCGACGGUGUCCACGUGGGGCACGCGCGCUCCGAAACGCGCUACUGCCCCGCCGGACUGCCCGACGCCUGCCCGACCGAUCACGGCGCGGCGGACUCGAGGUCCCCUCUCCAGGGCCCCGCCACGGCCCCGUGGGCCCCAUGGGCCCCAUGGUCGUCCUGCUCCGUGUCGUGCGGCCGGGGCUUCCGCGUGCGCCGCCGCGCCUGCCCGCAGCCCGACUCGUGGGUCAAGGGUCAGGCAGCGUGCGCGGGGUCACCGGAGGAGUACGAGGAGUGCGAGGAGAAGCCGUGCCAGGGGCGCAGCUUCUGGUGCUCCUGGGGUCCGUGGUCUCCGUGCUCGCCGUCGUGCGGAGCGGGCUGGCGCGAGCGCUCGCGGACAUGCGAGGGGGACCACUGCGUCGGCGAGAGGGUUCAGCGCGAGGGAUGCAACAACCACACUUGUCCAGAGGCGAGCUGGUCUCAGUGGGGCCCGUGGGGAGCGUGCGACAUGGUGCGUCGCCGCCAGGCUCGCGCGAGGAGCUGCUCGGGCGAGCGCCUCUCGGGAACUCGCUGCGCGGGGAACGCGACCGAGACGAGGGCCUGUGGGGGCACCGCUGUCCCACCUUCAGCCACAGAAUUUGACGCAGCGGUGAAUGAUGCCCAGUGUGGCGGAGGCUUUGGCACCGUGGAGCUGCUCGCCGUCGGCGCCGGCUGCGGCGUGGCCUCGGCGCUGCUCACGCUCGCGGCGCACGCCGUCUGGUCGGCUCUCCGCCCGGGGUGCGGGGGCGGCCGCUCCGAGCCGGCGGGCGCGCAACCCCAGAAGAACCCGGCGCCGCUGCGGACGAUGUCGCGCGCGGGCAGGGCGGCGCGGGGCUCCUCCACGGCGUCGCCCUCCUCCUCCUCCUCGUCGUCGUCGUCGUCGUCCGCCUCGUCCACCUCCUGCCGCUCGGCCGAAGUGCUCAAGGCUCUCAACAAGUUAAACGCCGAAGCGGACGAGAAGGAGAGAGCAUCAUACGUGGAGCGGCAUCACACCAUGCAAGCCUUCACAGACGACUACCACUCCUGCAUGAGCCUCUACCAGCAAAGCUGAGGCAAUGCACCAACUGUCCCAACAACAGACUUGCUGACUGUCCGUCUCGUCGAGACGAUUGUCUGGCUGCGUGAUGGAUAGUUGACAGGCUGACGUCCUAUAUGGAUGACUGGCUGGCUAUUUGGAUAACUGGCAGUAGGGGUAGAUCCCCAGUUGCCGCUGUGAUUACCCUGUGUCAAUGGCCAAUAUGGGAAGAAGAAGAGAAAAAAACAGUCCAAAGAGUAACCGGUGUACUCGCACUGGUUAUGUUUGAUAUCUCGACGGGUGUCUGUAUCAUAGUCACCUGCUAUGACUCAGAGACAGGCGGUUCUGAAUGUGGAAAUAAAAAAGGCAGCUAAUAACAUAUACACUUGUUCCUCCUGGAAAAUCAAACUGACGGAAGCGCGUCGGUGAAAUGUCACUAUUUAAAAGUAGACCGCUCCCACGGCUGUUGCCUGGCAUGAGGUUUUUUUUUCUUCUGACGAUCGGAGCUCCAGAUGGACUUUUUUUUCUUCCUUAAACCUCACUACUGGAAUUGUGGUCAUAAAAGAUAUAUAUUAAAAAAAAACUAUAUUGUAAAUAUUCUAUCAUCUCUUUUACCUUUUGUUUUUUUGUAAAUAGUAAAACUUACAAAUUGUAGCAUUUUCAUGUUUGUGUGUGUGUUUUUUGUUUACACAACUUUGUGAGUGGCUGUUGGAGGGGAAAGGAUUCACUGCCACCCAAUCCCACCCCCAACCCUGGCGAUUUUAUGAAUUUGCUUUAAACUCAAAAUACUAUUGUUUUUUGUAUUACACUGUGGUGAAUGUUGGAAGAC